AUGGGGAACCCAAAUGCAUUCAAAGGCAGCGACAAAUCAAUGAAUAAUGCUCAAGAUAAGCGUAAGGGGCCAUCGAAGCCAGACUUACCAGCACCAACCAACCCGCAGAAGAAAGCAACGCCGCAGAUGAACGACGAUAUCGCUUCCAACGCAAUAUUUGGGCCAGAAAUGUCACUGAUGCCGAAGGAGCCAGAACAACGAAUAGCAGGCGAUAUGGUAAUUGCAUUAGCUUCGAGAGAUGAAGAGCCGAUACCUAACAUCCGCGUAGACAAGCCCGAGGGUACUGAGUUUACGAGCAACCUAGUUGGCAAGCUAUCGCCAAUUGGUACUCGCAGGCCAGAGAUUCCUCAAAGGCUUGCAGGCUACGGGAUCACAGCGACCGCUUUCCGGGAGUUUAUUUAUGGAACGCGCUUGAAUCUGAAAUACGUCAUGUCACUUUCCGACAUUGUUGGGAAGUUGUCUUCGUUUGAGAUUGAAAAAGUGCAAUUCUGUAACAUGACUGCCAAAGGAGGUGAAGCGCAAGUGGUUACCUCGAAGGCAAGCGAGAAGGGCGAACGGUUAGACUGGCGCUCACGUAGUGUCCAGAAUUACUUAGCAGGGACAAGUUCCAUAGGAGUAGUCGGCGUAGCGUGUUGCUAUGGUUAUCAGCUAUAUAAAGAUGAUGGACCAGGCGAAACACUCAGCGCAAAGACUACAAACUGGAGUUGUGUCAUGGGCCGAGAAUGGGAGAUGUCUGCAGAUUGGUACAACAAUCGAAACGAACGCAGAAACAUCCCACCAGGAAUAUAA